GACUCGUCGAGCGUGGUGGCAGCUCUGUUUGUACAGUAUGAAGCUGCUCUGCUGUCCCACCUGCCCUUCCCUCUCCACAGUGACGACCACUGUUUGGUCUUCAGCCUCCAGCCACGCUCACAGAGUCACCGAACCUUCUACUCACAGGUGUUACCAGUGUGGCAGGGGUCAGACUCUGGACUCUCUCUGCAGCUGGUGGACAGAGAACAGCUGACCUGGGAUCAGAGGAACAUGCACUCCAGACUGCAGUGGUUGCAUGACUGCCACGCCCCCCCGGUGGCCAAACGCAGAGGCAGCCUGAAGGCCUCAUACUCCCAGCUACCAGAACAGGAGAUGUAUGUAUACACUACCUAGUAUACAUGACCUAGUAUACACUACCUAGUAUACACUACCUAGUAUACAUGACCUAGUAUACACUACCUACCACAUAGAGGCAGCCUGAAGGCCUCAUACUCCCAGCUACCAGAACAGGAGAUGUAUGUAUACACUACCUAGUAUACAUGACCUAGUAUACAUUACCUAGUAUACACUACCUAGUAUACACUACCUACCACAUAGAGGCAGCCUGAAGGCCUCAUAG